AUGGCAAAGCAGUUGGAAGUUGAUGCGAAAAAGGACGAAGAUAUCUAUGACAAGAUGGUAUGCUGGUGCACAGAAACGCAAAAAGCCAAGCAGAAGGCCAUUGAUGAAGGAGGUGCUCGAAUAGAGUCGCUGUCGGCAGAGAUCGAGCAGGGGGUUGCCCUUUCUGCACGGCUGCAGCCGGAGAUAGAGAGUCUUAAGAAGGAAGAAGAGAAGAACAAGCAAGCUUUGGAACAAGCUUCGGCCAUACGAAAGAAGCAGAGCGGGGAGUUCGAAGCCGAAUCUGGUGAUUUGAAGGACUCCAUCGCAGCUGUGAGGAAGGCCGUCAACUUGCUGAACAAGAAGGACGCUGGCGCGACCUCCUUCCUGCAGGUAGCAAGCAAAGCCUCGCAGGUCAAGUCUGCAUUGCGCCAAGUGUUCUCCAUGCGCCAUAGGUUGGCCGACCCUCAGAUUGGACCAGCUGGCCUCCUUGGCCUGCGGGACGUAAAAGAAGCAGACUUGCUCCAGUUGCUGAAGCCGGGUCAGAGUGCAGGCGAAAUCUUCGGCAUGCUUUCGCAGAUGUUGGAGACUUUCGAGCAGAACCUCAAAGAAAUCGCAGACGAAGAGGAAGGCAACAAAGAAGCCUUCCAGAAGCUCCAGACUGCUAAGUCAGAGGAAAUUGAGACAAGUGCUGGGCAGAUCAGAGUCAAAGAGAAAGAGAAGGCAACUGUCGACGAGAAGCUGGCUCAUGACAAGAAAGACAAGACCGAAUCAGAAAAGGCAUUGAAGGAGGAUCAAGACUUCCUGCAGUCCGUCAAGCAAAAGUGUGCGAACAAUGAUGCUGAAUGGGAUGCCAGGCAGAAAGCCCGCAGAGAAGAAGUUAGGGCGAUUGGACAAGCAACCCAAGUUCUGACGGACGGCCGCGACAAGCUUGAGAAAAAAGGAUUGAGCUUCCUGCAGCAAAACCAACAUCAACACUCCCAUCCGUUUCGGAGUGACGAGUCGAAGUCCCUGUCCAACUUCUUGCGGAUCACGCAUCGCUUCAAUGACCCUCAUUUAUCUGCUUUGGCCCUCAGGGCCAGGGUGGACAGUUUGGCGGAAGUGUUUAAGGCCAUCGACGACAUGAUAUCGGAGUUAAAGAAGAAGAAGGGCAGUGAAAUGAAGAAGCGGGACUUCUGCAAAGAUCAAUUGGCCGGUAACAAGCUUCAGCAAGAGAAGCAGGAGCGCAAGAAGGAAGAUGUCGGCAUUCUGCUGGAAACGCUUGAAGAAAACAUCAAGAAGGCCGCUGCGGAGAAAGAUGAGAUUCUAGGAGAAAUCGACACGCUGAACACCGAGCUGGCCAAGGCAGCUCAAGAACGCGAGGAACAAAACAAGGCUUUCCAGAAUGGCGUGGACGACCAGCGUGAGACACAAAAGCUGUUGAAGGGCGCCCUAAAAGUGCUGUCGGACUAUUACAGCAAAGCUUCCCUCCUUGAGCUUUCUGAUACCUCGGAGGAGAGCAAACAGGCAGAUGUCUCCGACGCGCUGGACCCGUCUGCUCCGCAAGGCUUUGGUGCCUACGAGAAGAAUGCAGGAUCGAAGGGUGUCAUGGCGAUGUUGCAGCACAUCAGCGAGCAAGCUGAGGCUGCCGAGAAGCAGGCGAUCAAAGACGAGAAUGGGGCGCAAGCAGAUUAUGAGAAGCUUGCCAAGGAAACCACUGCCAGCGUGGCGUCGAAAACGAAGGAGGUCGAAAGCAAGAAGGCUGCCAUUACGAAAGCUCAGGGCGAUUUGGCAGAUGCCGCCACAGAUCAAGCCAACAUCGACUCCGCUGCGAAAGCAUUAAUAUCAGCUGCCGGAACACUACACUCGGAUUGUGAUUUCUUGCUGAAGAACUUCCAGUUGAGGCAGACAUCCUUUGACGAUGAGGUUGGAGCUUUAGUCGAGGCCAAGGGUGUGAUGAAGGGUAUUGGCGGUCAGCCAGCCGGAGAAUAA